GCCGCUCGGUGACUGAGAGUCCCCCGCAGCCGCUCGGGAGCUGAGCUUCCUCGCAGCCGCUCGCUCUCCUGGGGAGCUUUGUGUUUCUGUCAGCGACAAGAUGACAAUUCAUAUUUCUACCAAAUGAUUCAGUGACUCAUCCUAUUAACUGUGCUGGAAUACACGCUCCCAGUCGUCCUGCCACGGUUUCCCAGAUGUUUUACUGCUUCUCCUUGUCUCAUCUGGGUUUAAAUUACGACUGGAAGUCUCUCCCCAUUUGACAUUCCUGCCUUUGGAACUUAUGCCAGCUGCAGUUCUAAACCAACCAAUACCACAAUGACUGAGGACUUGGACCACAGAUUCAGUUAUCUCACCUGGGAUCAGAUUAAAAUCCUGGAUCAGGUUUUGUCUGAGGCUAUACCUAUUCAUGGGAGAGGAAAUUUUCCAACCCUGGAGGUAAAGCCUAAGGAUAUAAUCCAUAUGGUAAAGGAGCAGCUCAUUGAGAAGCAGAUCCAUGUCAGGGAUAUCCGCCUGAACGGUUCCACUGCCAGUCACAUCCUGGUGAAGCACAAUGGCACCAGUUACAAGGACCUGGACAUCAUUUUUGGAGUGGAACUUCCCAGUGAGCUCGAGUUCCAGGUGGUAAAGGAAGCGGUUCUCAAUUGCCUAUUGGACUUCUUGCCAAAAUGCGUUAACAAGCAAAAAAUCACGGCUCAGACCAUGAAAGAUGCCUACGUGCAGAAGAUGGUCAAAGUCUCCACCGACCACGACCGCUGGAGCCUCAUCUCCCUGUCCAACAACAGCGGCAAGAACGUGGAGCUGAAGUUCGUCAGCUCGCUGCGGCGGCAGUUCGAGUUCAGCGUGGACUCCUUCCAGAUCAUCCUGGACUCCAUCCUGGCCGUCUACAGAGCCUCAGACCGGCCCCUGACACAGGACUGCCACCCCGCCGUCAUCGCCGAGAGCAUGUACGGGGACUUCAACCAGGCCAUGGACCACCUGAAAUACAAACUGAUCUCCACCCGCAACCCGGAGGAGAUCCGGGGAGGCGGCCUCCUCAAGUACAGCAACCUCCUGGUGCGUGACUUUAAGCCGGCGGAUGAGGCUGAAAUUAAAUCUCUGGAACGUUACAUGUGCUCCAGGUUCUUCAUUGAUUUUCCCGACGUUGCCGAGCAGCAGAGGAAAAUCGAGUCCUACCUGCGCAACCACUUCAUCGGGGAGGAGAAGAGCAAGUACGACUACUUGAUGACCCUGCGUGGGGUGGUGAACAAGAGCACAGUCUGCCUGAUGGGGCACGAGCGAAGGCAAACCCUCAACAUGAUCACAAUCCUGGCUUUAAAAGUGCUCGGAGAACAGAACAUCAUCCCCAACGCGGCCAACGUCACAUGCUACUAUCAGCCUGCUCCCUAUAUCAGUGACAGAAACUUCAGCAGCUACUACAUUGCCCAUGGACAACCCCCUGUGUUCUACCAGCCGUACCCUUUCCACAUACAGCUACAGAGCGGGAUGGUGUAGGAGCACUCCAACCUCCAAGCACUCACCACUCCUCCUUUUCCAGUUCUCUCCUUAAUAAAGGCCUCAUUAAAGCGAGUUUUAUCAGCACUUUUGAGUUAAGGACAUAUUUUUGUGCAAGUUGCCAAAGUUGUUUGGUUGGUCAAUGUCUAACUCACCAUUAAGCAGGUGAAAUAAGUGAAGCGUCUGUCAUUCGUGAAGUGUUUAUACCUUGAUGUGUGUUUGGGCUGUAUUUUUUUGCAAUGAAAAGAGAAGGAUAUAAAUUAUUCUAAUUUUGUAAAAAUGAAAUGCACUAAGUUCUGGGUUCUAAAAAAAAAAAUUCGUAAGAAAAAUGUAAAUGGUGUCAAUUAAAACUGAAGCCAAUUAAAUACCUCUCUGUAGAAAUGCCUGAUGUUAGAAGGGACAGUGCUCUGGGUAUGUCAAAGUCAGUCAUCCCUUGGUUUUAUCCAUGCAGUUCCAGCAACUUUUAUUUGCAGCACCUUUGAAACCACACAUUGCUGGGUCAUCU